AUGGCGAUGGCAGUGAUGAUGGUGGUUUGUGGGGGAGGUAGUGGUGGAGGAGGUGGGAGUGGUAGUGGUGGUGGUGGUGGGAGUGAGGUGGUGAAGGUGGUGGUGGAGGUGACGGUGGCAGUGAUGGUGGUGGGGCUGAUAGUAAGGGUGGUAGUGGUGGUGGAGGUGGGGGUAAGGGUGGUGGUGGAGGUGGUGGCGGAGGCAAUGAUGGUCAUGGUGGUGGCAGCGGUAGUGGUGGUGGUGGAGGCAACAACGAUGACUGUGGUGGUGGUGGCAGAGGCGGCGGCGAUGGUGAUAAUCAUGAUAAGAUGGUAG